AUCAUUUUACUCUACUGCGCAUGACUGUGCACUAACCUCACACCGCAGUCUAUAUGAUUUGAUAGUUUUUUUGAUUUCUCCAACGAUAGUUCUGAGGAUUGAAUUGUUAAAGUUUUAUAUGAUAAUUAUAAAAAAUAAAAAAAAGGGAAAUCAAAUAUGUCUUUAAUGAGAAUAUUAUUCUACUAUAUGUUUGGACCACGUCUUUUUAAAAUUUACGAAGUAACGACAACUGGACGACUUAUUGAUAAAUCAUAUAAACCUAAAGUAUUAGAACGAUGGAGUGAUCGAGUAAUAAUAUCGUAUACUGCAGUUUGGUCUAUAAGUCCGUAUGCAUUUGCGUCUGCUGCUGUAUUUAUGUAUCUGCAAAGUUAUUCUGUGAUGGAUAUAGCAUAUUAUUUAGGUCAAGUUGCAGCUGGUGCAAAUGUCAUUUUAUUUACUUCAUUAGCAGUACGUGGUUGUUCCAGAGCUAAUAAUGCAGUCUAUUCGAAAUUCUUAAAAGCAUUAAAAGAUUAUCAAGCAAAUCCUAAUACAACAACUAAACAAGAGUUAUGCAAAUAUGAUUUUGACUUUCGUUCUUGGCCUGUAGAAUUUCAAGUUUCUACACUAACAGGAGAAAAGAACAGGGAAAAGUUGAGACUGGAAGAAAUGAAAUCUAAUAGUGGAAUAAGAGUAAUCUUGUCCUUCAUCAUAGCAUACAGUUUCGCUUUGAAAUUAAUUUAUCCUGGCAGUGUCUCUGUCAUUAAUUGGGCAUUACAUCCAAUGCUAUUAAAGGGUAGAGUAGAUUUAGUAAAACAGGGAGGAGAAAGAUAUAAACUGGUAACUUCUGAUAGAAAUCAAAUCGAUACAAUAUUUAUUGAUCAAAGGAAAAAAACUACUAAUGGUGAUAUACUUGUCAUCACGUGCGAAGGAAAUUGUGGAUUUUACGAAACUGGUAUUAUAUCAACUCCAUUAAACAAAGGCUAUUCUGUCUUAGGAUGGAAUCAUCCAGGUUUUGGUAGCAGUACUGGUGAACCAUAUCCAGUACAAGAGGAAAAUGCUGUUGAUUGUAUUAUGCAAUUUGCUAAACAUCAAUUAAUGUUCCCUGAGAGAAAAAUAAUACUUUAUGGAUGGAGUAUUGGUGGAUAUACAGCUACUUGGGCUGCCAUGAAUUAUCCAUCUAUUCACAGCUUGGUAUUAGAUGCUACAUUUGAUGAUAUACUUCCAUUGGCUAUUAUGACCAUGCCCUUACUAAAAGGAAUAGUGCAAGAUGUUAUAAGAUUACAUUUUAAUUUAAAUAUAGCAGAACAAUUAAAUAGGUACGAUGGGACAGUAUUGUUAAUAAGAAGAACAAACGAUGAAAUUGUUUGUAGUCCUGCUAAUAUUUUAGCUGGAAAUCGUGGCAACAUGUUGCUGACAAAAUUAUUAUUAAGACGUUAUCCAUAUCUUUUCUCUGAUGAUUCCGACUCAUUAACUAUUUUAAAUAAAUUUCUUUCCGCAAAUAUUAAUGGCAGGAGAUUGAUAAUAGAGACACUUGAGAUUGAUGACAAACAUUGUUUGAAAUUAAUAGCAAACGAGAAUCAAAAAAAUCAUGAGAAAAUAUCUUAUCCUUGUAAUCUUGGUCAGAAUUGUGAUAUUAAAACCAAACAACAACUCACUAUCUUUUUGACAACCAUGUAUAUGAAAGAUCAACCAUCAUCACAUUGUACUCCAUUGUCUGUAGAGCUUUUUCAACCUGGAUGGGAUCCAGUAUCAGCAAUCUCUAUGAAAUAAACUUUGUAACUUUCUACUUAUGCCAUAAGAAAUUAGAAGAUUAUGGUUUUUAUCUGA